AUGCCCUCCGCCCUCGAACGGCGCCCCAGCAAUCCGGUGAUUAGGUCGGGCAACAGUUCGCGUCUCGAGCAUAGCCAAGCAGCACAUCCAUCAAGCGCAUCUCGCAGGGACAGCGAAGAGAGCUGGUCAUCGUCUCGCGAUUCACAGGACGCUCUCCUCCACGCAGAUUCCGCUUCAUACACGGGCGAUUCUAUACCAAUGUCACAGUUCGGUACUGGCUUAGGCUUUACGCCAAGGAGCGAACUAGCGCCGGACAGGGAUGCAUUGAGAGAUGUGGUGAAUGCCAACCACGCUGCGGCUGCAGAAGAAGGAGACGUCAGAAAGCCCAAGUCGAUCGCAUCUACCGACGAAGCCUUUCAUGAGGUCAGAAGAGUCCGAUCGACCGGUCAUGUGGGCGACAGCAUAGAGGGGCUCAAAGCUUCAGACCUCUUCGACGAGACGAAGACGGCCAAAGAGAACAAGAGCUUGCUCAUGUCUUACGAGGUGAGUAUGGAGUAGUGGUCCUGCCCGCUUCGCGAUCAAGCCAGUCUCUAAAAUCAGCCCCUCUGUACACUGUUCAGCUCGAACGCAUGGGAUUCGGCCGCUAUCAACUCUUCGUCUUUCUGCUGUGCGGCCUGGGAUUCUUCACGGAUCUCCUUUUCGCACAGGCCUUUGGUCUCAUUUCUGUCCCUCUCGAGAGCGAGCCAGACUUUGGCACAGUCGACGACAGCAACAUUGGCACGCUGUUUACCGCUUUCAACGUCGGGCUCACAGUCGGAGCCUUCUCGUGGGGAAUCCUGGUCGAUGUAGUGGGCAGGAAGUGGAGUUUCUACUGCACAUGUCUACUCGCUUCCAUCUUUGGACUCGCUGCUGGAGGCUCGCCGAACUUCACAGCGCUGAGGGUCCUGGUCGCUUUCUCAGGCCUUGGUGUUGGCGGCAACAUUCCUAUUGAUGCUACGAUCACCCUUGAAUUCUUGCCCACCAAGAACCGAUGGCUGCUGGCGUUGCUGUCUUUGUUUCAACCCAUCGGCGUCUUGGUAGCAUCUGGCAUUGCCUAUGGCUUUGUGCCCAACUACUCUUGCGGCGAUGGCGCAACUGCGGUAUCAGAGACAGUCUGCAGGUCAGCUGACAAUCGGGGUUGGAGGUAUACGUUGUUCACGGUAGGGGGCAUCACCCUCGGCGUCUUUCUUCUGCGCUUUCUUCUCUUCACUUUCCGCGAGUCGCCAGCCUAUUUGGUCAAUCUGGGCAAAGAUCGCGAAGCGAUCGAGGUUGUCAAGGCUAUCGCCAAGGUUAACAAGGCAGACGCACCCGCAUUCACGAUGGAGGACUUUAAUGAAAUCGACAGAAGGUGUGGAAAUACGAUUGGCGAGGAUCAAGUCAAGGUCGGAGUGGGAAGGCGUGGCGAGGUCUUUGCGGAGUCGUCAAAACACGCUAUGAGGCAACUCACCAACGUCAAAGUCCUGUUCCAGAACCGCAAGAUGGCGCGUCUGACAAUUUUGCUUUGGAUCACUUUCAUAUGGUGAGAUUUCCUCCUCGCGCUGUCACACGAAAUGCCGUCCAUCUGACCAAUGUGCCUCUCGUCGCCUUCGUCAACACAGCGAUUUCUUUGCGUUUAACAUCGCUGGCGCAUACCUGCCUCUGAUCUUGUCCGAUAGGAACAUCGCUCAAGGCAAAACGCUAGCAGAGACGUACCGUUCGUACGUGGCAAUUUAUGCCCCGGGCAUCGGGGCGUGCAUUCUAGCUGCUGCCUUGAUCGAGCUGCCUCGCCUAGGCAGGCAGUGGUCGAUGGUGUUCUUUUCAGCAUUGAUGGGUGUAUCGAUGUUCAUCUACACGCGAGUAGAGACCGAAGCGGCCUCUGUCGGAUUGAAUGCGCUCGAGUACAUUGCCCAGAGCGCUUUCAACGCCAUCUUGUACGCCUACUUGCCAGAGGUGUACCCAUCGAGCGUCAGGGGCACUGCGAGCGGAGUGGCCUCCACUCUGGGACGUAUUUCCGGCAUUGUCGCUCCCUUGAUAGCUGGACCCCUCUACUCUGCUGGACCUGACAAAGCUCAAAAUGCUGCGCAUGUGGUGAGUGUGGUAUGAGUGCGACGACGCUGUCCACGAGUCUGCACUGACAGGCCUUUUGUACCCCCCACGUCUCGCUCUGUGCGCAGCUGUAUUUAGGAGGAGGGGUGGCGUUCGCAGCUACGAUUGCUCUCAUCUUCCUUCCCUUUGACAACAAGGGAAGGCGUGUACACUAG